AUGGAUAACAACGUCUUGCAAGUAUCUGAUGUUCCUGCACCGUGGUUGCUGGAAGGCGAGGCAUGGUGGUUCUUCACUGCUUUGUUCCACUGGCCCAAGAAGGGGGAAAUGUCUGCGCCGGGCUACUUUGACCCGCUGCACGAGCGCUCGCGCGCUCUUGCCACCGAGGAGGGUGCCUACCUAGGGAGUCAUGGGAUGAUUCAGCUCGUUCGUUAUACGGACAGCCCUGCAGGUCCAUAUGACGAACUCAUCGUCUUGCCUGGGUCGUUCAAGUCCCCACCUGGCGUGAAGCCCGCAAAAUCGUCUCGCAUCACUCGAAUCUAUGUAUCGACCAUGAACUCUGUGGUUAAUGGUCGGCGGAAUUGGAAUAUCCCCAAGACGAUAGCGAAGUUUUCCUUCACCCCCAACUCGGAUGGGGUGUUGGAAGUCAAAGUCUUUGCUCCCACGUCGCUAGAAACUCCCGGGUCCCCAAUCUUCAGCGAUACGCCAUUCUUCGCAGUCAACAUCCGACCGAGCGUCAUUCCCGUACCCGCAAUUCCUUUGAAUUUGAAGCACUUGCCCAUGCCCUUCAUUCUUGUACAGCCCCCGCUGGAAGCGUCGCCCUCAGCUGGUCAGGACGGGUGCAUCGGCACGGACCACUGGGUCUCUGUUGACGUGUCCGACUAUGGAGGCCGCGUGAAGCCGAUCAGGUGGAAGGGCGGACUGGCUGUCGUUGACUCUAACACACAGAAGACCAGCACUCGAAUCGCGGACGGAGUCGGUUUCCCGGAUGUUGUCCCGUACAGUAUGGGACUCCAUCUUGCACAGAUGAAGAUUCAGUUUCCAGAGAGCGUCGUCCUUCAGGUGGACCCAAGUGAGCAGUCUGAAUGA